AUGGACAACAGGUCCUGUCUGGCCCCACAGGACAUGGUGGCCACCGUGCUGCCUCCUGUCAUGAUAGUGGAGUUCCUGCUGGGGCUGCCGGGGAACGUCAUGGCACUGUGGAUCUUCUGCUGCCACCUGCAGGCCUGGAGGUCCAACACCGUCUACUUGGUGAACCUGAUGAUGGCCGAUUUCCUGCUGCUAGCCGGGCUGCCCCUUCGCAUCGACACUCUGCUGCGCGGGGAGAACUGGGUCUUCGGUGACUCCCUGUGCCGCAUCAACCUGUUCAUUCUAACAGUCAACCGCUCGGCAAGUAUCAGCUUCAUGACCAUCGUGGCAGUUGACCGUUACUUCAAGGUGGUCCACCCGCACCACCCAGCCAAUCGGAUGACGGCCCGGCAGGCAGGCCUGGUGGCUGGGGCGGUGUGGGCGGCUGUGGUUCUGGUGCGCGUCCCGCUCCUGUCGAACCGCCUCCUGUGGAACCAUGGCAACCAGACCCUGUGCCGCAGCUUCAGCUCCGGCUGGGCGCUGUCGGCGGGGAUGUGGCUGCACUACGUCAUGUACUUGGUCGAGUUCUUCCUGCCUUUCCUCCUGCUGGUCUUCUGUGCCACACGCAUCGUCUGCACCCUGCGGCUGCGUGGGCUGGACCGGGGGCUGCAGGGGCGGCAGGUGCGGCGGGCGGUGCGGGUGGUGCUGCUCAUCGUGGCCGUGUUCACCCUCUGCUUCCUCCCAGGCGUGGCCAUUUACCUCACCAGCCUCAUCGUCAGCUGGCUCUGGCCCCAGGACUGCGAGGCCUACCUGCUGCUCGCCCAGCUCUUCAGCUUGUCCCUCGGGUUCACCUACCUGAACAGUGCCCUAGGCCCACUCAUCUACUGCUUCUCCAGCUCCACCUACCGCGAUGGCCUGAGGACCUCCAUCAAUGCAGUGGGCUUCUUCAGGUUGAACCUGGGACAUAGGGGCAGUGCAGCCAGUGACAGGCGAGAGAAUCAACCACCUUCAUGA